UUAAAACAUAAUUCUGUGAACAAGAUGAUCGUUAAGUUAAAGGCACUUAAAAAUUGGAAGCAUUAUGGAUUUAUAUUGGAUUUUUGUUACAAGUAUUUAAAUUUUACAAAUCCAAUUUUAUCUCAUGCAUAUGGUUUACUAAAAAUAUAUAAAAUUGAAUAUCCUUUUCGUGUCGUUAGCUUUUCGUUUAUUGGGAGUCUUUUUCAUGAUUUACCUUCUUUUUUUGAAUAAAAUAAAAGUCUACCACGUCUAAACAGAAAACUUUAUGAGUAACAAUUUCUAACUGAUCAAAAAUAUUUCUAAUUUGACAAUUUUGAAGAAUGCUUCAUUUUUAUCUCUUGACGUAAUUUCACUUUUUACUAAUGUAUCGAUUGAUUUAGUUUUGGAAGAUUUAUCAAGAUAUGGUCCCUUAAUAUUGAGCAGAAUACUGACAUCACAAAGACGAAAUUGUUUAAAGCGAUAAAUCUAAUAUUUAAUUAUACAUUUUUCAUUUUUAAUAAUAAGUACAUCGUACUUACAAACAGACUCGGUGUACUCAGCGAGUUCAUCACUUUCUCCCAUAGUGGCUAAUAUUGUGAUGCAAAACUUGGAGUCGUGUUCGUUAAAAAAAAAGAACUUUGUCGCUCCACACACAUCUUUUUAUGUAAGAUACGUAGACAAUAUUGCUCUUGACAAUUCUUACGAAAAUGAGCUUUUGGAUUUUUAAUUCCUACUACCCUAGACUAAAUUUAUCAUAAAGUUAAGAGGCAAUUCAAUGAAUUUUUUGGAUGUUUGAUUAAAAAGGAUAAUACUCUCAUCUAUGAUUUAUGUCGAAAACCUAUGAAAAAGAGGAAACUAUGAAUCACAAUUUAAAAAACGACCUUCUCAGGUCAAAUGACAUUCUUGUUAUUUCAUAUGAGUACUUCUGUAAGUCGAAAGGAAAAAUUAAGUAUUACUACGCAUGUUUUGGAUACUAGCAGAGGUCGACCUGUUAAUGACUUGUUUGUGUGUCUCUAUAAGUUUGAAAAUAACAAGUGGAUUGUUUUGAGAGAAAGCGUAACAGAUUCGAAUGGACGUUGCGAGAAUCUGUUGCAAGACAUGCAAGAGAAUCCCGGAUCUGGCAGAUUCAAGAUUGAGUUUCGGGUAAACGAUUAUUUCAAACGAAUCGCAUCCGCUUUUAUGUACCCGAUGAUUGACGUGAUGUUCGACGUGCAACAUUCCAACGAGCAUUAUCACAUUCCUCUGCUGCUGAAUCCUUUCGGAUAUACCACGUAUCGUGGCUCGUAAUCAACAUCACACUUAACCCAGGAAUCACUUGGGGUGUUUUUAUAUUCCAGCGUCGAGAAAAUAUGAACUGUUAUUGUAAAAUGGU